GCCAAGAGGUAACGCGACACCUGCUCCAGGGGGCGGGGCCAGACUGGGCCGAGAGCGGCGCUCACCUGGGUGUGGCUUUUAUUGUUUUGUUAUCUGCAGCUUCAGUUUCAGUUGAAACAUUUGAGCUGGAGCCCAGAAGCGGAGACAGGUGAGUCGUCACGGGACGAGGUUGAUCAACAUCUUCCACAACUUGUUACCUGCCUCGUGCACAAACAGAUUGUUUGCCGGAUCAGCACCCAGAGGACCAGCAGCCAUGUCGUCGCGGCCCAACGGGAGUCCUCCUCCCUACGAGUCCGACACCGGAUAUAACGUGGCGCCCCAGCCGGCCUACUCCUACUACCCCGACGACGAGUUCCAGCACUUCUACCGCUGGACGUCCCCGCCGGGCGUCCUCAAGAUCAUGUCCAUCAUCUCCAUCGUGAUGUGCGUGGCCAUCUUCGCCUGCGUGGCGUCCACGCUGGCGUGGGACUCCCAGGGGGCGCUGGGCGGCUUUGGCGGCGGGAACUACGGCGGCAGCUACGCCGGAGGCUUCGGCGGCGGCGGCUACACCGGCUUCGGCGGCGGCGGCAGCUACGGCGCGGGAGGCGCCUACGGCUACGGGGGGUACAACACUGACCCCCGGACGAGCAAAGGCUUCAUCAUCGCCAUGGCGGCCAUCACCUUCAUCGCCUGCCUGGUCGUCUUCAUCGUCGUGGUGUCCCACCAGAACCUGACGGAGAGCCGCAGGUUCUACCUCGCCGUGGUGAUCAUCUGCGCCAUCCUGGCGCUGCUGAUGCUGAUCGCCGCCAUCGUCUACCUGGUGGCGGUGAACCCCUCGGCGCAGUCCUCCGGGUCGGGCUACGGCAACCCGAUCGCCGGCCUGUGCGCCCAGUACCAGCAGCCGCAGGUCUCGGGGGUCUUCGUCAACCAGUACCUGUACCACUACUGCGUGGUGGAGCCGCAGGAGGCCAUCGCCGUGGUGCUCGGCUUCCUGGUGGCCGUCGCUCUGAUCGUCAUGCUCGUCUUCGCGCUGAAGACUCGCCAGAAAAUCCGAGGCUACGGAAAGAGCAACAUCCUGUGGAAGAAGGUGAAGGUCGUCGGCGAAAUGGAGCCGGCCGGAUACGUGGAGGCCUGGGUGAACAACGUGUCCACCGGCCCCGAGGUUCUCCCCAUGUCCGACUUCCCCGAGAAGAUGAGGAGCUCCAGGAGCCACCUGGACGACGAGAGCACCAACUACGACAAGCCUGCGUACAGCUACACGCCGCAGCCCAGCGAGGAGCACCUGCCGCUGCAGAACGGCGCCCCCUACGCGGCCGCCUCCGACACGUCCGGGAAGCCCAAGAAGAAGCGAGCCGGCCGGCCGCGCCGCGCCGACGGCGCCGACUACGAAACCGACUACAACUCGUCAGGAGACGAGCUGGACGACGACGACUUCGACAGCGAGUUUCCUCCGAUAACCGACGAGUCGCGGCGCAUCGAGUACAAGCGUCAGUUCGACCGCGAGCACCUGGAGUACAAGGAGCUGCAGGGGGAGCUGGACGCCCUCAACAAGGGUCUGUCGGAGGCGGACCGGGCCCUGGACGAGCUGCCGGAGGGGAGCCCCCAGUACCUGGACGCUUUGGACGAGUACGACAAGAUAAAGGCCGUUAAGAAGUCUGCAGACUAUCGGGUGAAGAGGCGUCGGUGUAAAUAUCUCAAGUCCAAACUGAACCACAUCAAGAAGAUGGUGAGCGACUACGACCGCAAGGCCUGAAGCGCGGCGAGGACGUUUGGAAAGGGCCUCUUUGAGACGGAGGGGCGGAGCUACGCUGAUCAACGGAGACGCAUCUGUCCCAGCUGGUCCCCGGGGACACCUUGUCUCCGCUCACGGGUUCUCCUGUUUGUAUUAUGAAUACACACCGUUGAUAUGUAUUUAUUUCUUAUGAAAUAGUCUUAGAUGAGUGAACACAAAUGAAGACGUAAUCCACGGUUUUUAAUUGCUUUGUUACAAUGACGGCGUGACGUGCUCUUUUUCUUUAAUGCUCAUUUUUAAUCCAUAUAAACUUGUAAAUAUGCGGGAAGCAGUUUUAACUAGAAAGAGGAGGUUUUUAAUGCGUCUCCACAUGGAUGGGAGGACUUGUUUAAUGUGACGUGUGACUUACUUUUUAUUGAAAUAAAUUCUUUUAUUGAACA